AUGCAAAACGCCGACCUUCCCCUCGACUCACCGUCCGCCGAGCCUGGCAUCAUCAUCGACUACAUCUACUGCCCAACCCCGAAAGACAUCCAGGCGAAGGGAACGAUCUUGCUCAUCCAUGGCUUUCCACAAACCAACUACCAGUUUCGAAGGGUCAUCACGCCACUAGCGAAGAGAGGUUACAAUGUCAUAGUGCCGAACUAUCGAGGAGCAGGCGCAAGCAGCAAGCCUUGGAAUGGGUACACGAAGAAAGAGAUGGCGGCAGAUUUGCAUACAUUGGUGGAAAGGCUGGGUGUGAAGGGCAAAGUGCAUGUUGUUGGGCAUGACAUUGGCGGAAUGAUCGCCCAUGCCUACGCCAUGCAGUAUCCAAACGAUACAGCCAGCAUCAUCUGGGGAGAAUGCCCAAUUCCAGGUAGUCCCAGCUACGACAAGAUGAAGAACGACCUGGUCGUUUGGCACUUCACCUUCCAGAACAUUCCCGACCUGCCAGAGGCCCUCGUUCAAGGCAGAGAACGAAUUUACAUCAAACACUUCUUCGAUCGGCUUGCACAGAACCCCAACGCCAUCAGCACCUAUGAUUUGGACGUCUACACGGAUGCGUACGCGGCGGCAGGUGCCAUGAGGGCAGGCUUCAACGUUUACAGAACGUUCGAGCAGGAUGUUGUGGACAACAGGAAAUUGUUGCAAGAGAAUGGCAAAAGUUCAGUGCCAUGCUUGACGCUCUGGGGCGGCAAAAGCUUCGCAGAUGAAGCGACGGCUUUGGAGAUGUCCAACUAUUUCUUCGAGCAGAGCCGCUUUGCUUCUAUUCCUGGUGCUGGCCAUUAUAUCGCAAAAGAAGCCUGGAGAUUUCGUCGAAGCUGUGGUGGGAUGGUUAGAUGA